GGCCCCGCCACUUUGGCGCUAGCUGCCCUGCGGCCGGGACUGGGCUGCUUCGCUGGCGUGCUCGAGCGGGGACUGGGCAGGUUGGAGACGUCCAUCUGUCCGUGGAUCAGGAGAGGAUUUCCAGACGCGCUGCCCCGGGAUGGGGUGGGCCGCGCUACCGCUGCUGCGGUGGUUCUUCCUCCCCGCGCUCUGGAGCAGAGCUUUUGCAGAGGUGAGGGAAGAGACCAAGCCUGGCCUGGCAUACCCAGGAAGCCUGCAAGCUGACCACGUGCCGUUUCCCGUUCCUCACACCAGUGGGUACCAGCCUGCCUUGAUGCUUUCACCAACUCAGCCCGGACGACGGCACACGGGCAUUGCAGCCCAUCCCGGGGCGACCUCUGCUGGGUCAAAGCUCCCGCCUCUUGCCUUUAAUCAUACAAUUGGCCACAUAAUACUUUCUGAACAUAAAGAUGUCAAAUUCAAUUGCUCAAUCAAUAUACCUAAUAUGUACCAGGACAUUGCAGUUAUUUCUUGGUGGAAAGAUGGGAAGGAGUUGCUGGGGGCACAUCAUGCAAUUACUCAGUUUUAUCCAGAUGACGAAGCUACGGCAAUAAUCGCUUCCUUCAGCAUCACCAGUGUGCAGCGUUCAGACAAUGGGUCAUAUAUCUGUAAGAUGAAAAUAAACAAUGAAGAGAUUGUGUCUGACCCCAUCUACAUCGAGGUGCAAGGUCUUCCUCACUUCACUAGACAGCCCGAGAGCAUGAAUGUCACAAGAAACACAGCCUUCAACCUCACCUGUCAGGCGGUGGGCCCUCCUGAGCCCGUCAACAUUUUCUGGGUUCAGAACAGCAGCCGUGUUAACGAACAGCCAGAAAAAUCCCCUUCUGUUCUAACUGUUCCUGGUCUGACCGAGACGGCCGUCUUCAGUUGUGAGGCUCACAAUGACAAAGGGCUGACCGUGUCCAAGGGUGUGCAGAUCAACAUCAAAGCAAUUCCCUCCCCACCAACUGAAGUCCGUAUCUACAACAGCAGCGCACACAGCAUGCUGGUCUCCUGGGUCCCGGGUUUUGAUGGAUACUCCCCGUUCAGGAAUUGCAGCAUUCAGGUCACGGAAGUUGAUCCGCUGAGUCAUGGCGCAGUCAUGGUCUUUAACACCUCCGCUUCACCACAUCUGUAUCAAAUCGAGCAGCUGCAAGCUCUGGCUCAUUACAACAUCGCUGUGUCCUGCAUGAAUGAAAUUGGCUGGUCUGCAAUGAGCCCUUGGAUUCUGGCCAGCACGACCGAAGGAGCCCCUUCAGUAGCACCUUUGAACGUCACGAUAUUUCUGAAUGAAUCUAGUCAUAAGGUGGAUGUCAGAUGGAUCAAGCCUCCAAUUAAGCGGCAGGAUGGGGACCUGAUGGGCUACCGGAUAUCUCAUGUGUGGCAGAAUGCAGAGACUUCCAAAGAGAUGUCUGAAGACAUUGGCCACAACGACAGCCAUGCUCUGAUUUCUGUUCAAGUCCACAACGCCACGUGUACGGUGAGGAUUGCCGCCGUCACCAAAGGGGGAGUCGGGCCGUUCAGCGACCCAGUGAAAGUGAACAUCCCUGCACACGGUGGAGUAGAUUUUGCCCCCAUGUCCACCCCAGCACCUGGCAACACAGAUCCUGUGCUCAUCAUCCUUGGCUGCUUUUGCGGAUUCGUUUUGAUUGGGUCAGUUUUAUAUAUUUCUCUGGUCAUCAGAAAAAGAGUCCAGGAGACGAAGUUUGGGAGCGCCUUCGCAGAGGAGGAUUCGGAAUUAGUCGUCAGUUAUAUAGCAAAGAAGUCCUUCUGUCGGCGAGCCAUUGAACUCACCCUGCGCAGCUUGGGAGUCAGUGAGGAACUGCAGAAUAAACUAGAAGAUGUUGUGAUCGACAGGAAUCUAUUAAUUCUUGGAAAAAUCCUGGGUGAAGGAGAGUUUGGGUCUGUGAUGGAAGGAAAUCUUAAGCAGCAAGAUGGGACCUCCCAGAAAGUGGCAGUGAAGACCAUGAAGUUGGACAACUUUUCUCAGCGAGAGAUUGAGGAGUUUCUCAGUGAGGCGGCAUGUAUGAAAGACUUCAACCACCCGAACGUCAUCCGACUCCUAGGUGUAUGUAUAGAAAUGAGCUCUCAAGGCAUCCCAAAGCCCAUGGUAAUUUUACCCUUCAUGAAAUACGGGGAUCUGCAUACUUACUUACUCUAUUCUCGACUGGAGACCAGACCCAAGCACAUUCCACUGCAGACACUACUGAAGUUCAUGGUGGACAUUGCCCAGGGAAUGGAGUAUCUGAGCAACAGGAAUUUUCUCCAUCGAGAUUUAGCUGCUCGAAAUUGCAUGUUACGAGAUGAUAUGACUGUCUGUGUCGCCGACUUUGGCCUCUCUAAGAAGAUUUACAGUGGUGAUUACUACCGCCAAGGCCGCAUCGCCAAGAUGCCUGUGAAAUGGAUCGCCAUAGAGAGUCUUGCGGACCGAGUCUACACAAGUAAAAGUGACGUGUGGGCAUUCGGCGUGACCAUGUGGGAGAUAGCGACACGGGGAAUGACUCCGUACCCCGGGGUCCAGAACCACGAAAUGUAUGAGUACCUGCUCCACGGCCACAGGCUGAAGCCGCCGGAGGACUGCCUGGCCGAACUGUAUGAAAUAAUGCAUUCUUGCUGGAGAGCCGAGCCCUUGGACCGACCUACCUUUUCUGUGCUGAGGCUGCAGCUAGAGAAACUCUUGGAAAGUUUGCCUGAAGUUCAGGACAAAGCUGAUGUCAUUUACAUCAACACACAGUUUCCUGAGAGCUGUGAGGACCCCGGAGAGGGCCCCGCACUUGCUCAGCUAGACAUGAACAUUGAUCUUGACUCUAUCAUUGGUUCUUGUACUCCCAGCGCUGCUGUCAGUGUGGUCACAGCGGAAGUUCAUGAGAGCAAACCUCAGGAGGAACGGUACAUCCUCAACGGGGGCAGUGAGGAGUGGGGAGAUCUGGCUUCUGCCGCCCCAACAUCAGGGACGGCGGGAAAGGACUGUGUUUUACCGGAGGACAAAGUUGUAAAAAAUGGAGUCUCCUGGUCCCAUUCCAGCACCUUGCCCGUGGGGAGUCCAUCACCAGAUGGACUUUUAUUUGCCGACGACUCCUCAGAAGACUCCGAAGUCCUCAUAUGAGGAGACCUGAGAAACAUUCUCAACCCAAGGAAAUUCUUCUGCUUUAUGAGGAUCUCUGUACAUUCUAUGUUUUUGGAAUUUGUCUUCCUUCCCAGUCCAAUGCCAUGGCCCAAAAGCACCAGAUGAAUGUUGUCAAGUAAGUCAUCCUUAAAAAUACAUAAUAUAUAUUUAUUUAAAGAGAAAAUACAUUUAUAUGUAUAUGAUGGAAAGAGACAAGGAUCUAUUUUAAUAAAUGAUGACUUAUUUCAUGUUGCUUAUCUUGCAGAUCUAAGAAUUAAGCUUUAACAGCCUCAUCUCUACCACUGUUCCUUGAUGUUAACAUUUGCACAGAGUCAGUGUUAUUUUUUAAAGUUCUUUUCUUUUCCAUGACUAUUAAGUGUAAAAAUAUUUGUAAAAUGAAAUGCUGUAUUUGGCUUUGCUUCUGGUCUUAUGGAAAAUCUAAUAUUCUUAUAGAAAUCAUUUAUUUGAUACUGAUUUAUUUAAUAUUUAAAGUUUUAUAACUGAUUAAUUCUUUGAUGUGAUUUCCUAAUAAAAUAUGAAUGAGGAAGGAUGUGUUGUACUUGGAAAGACAGUGGUCACCGACCAGCGGCCUCCAUGCCUCUGCAAAGAAAUUCCCUUAAUCGCUGGGCCCUUGACCAAUCUUGGCAUUGUUCUGGAAAGAUAUGGAAAAACCACUCCACUGUCCAGAGAUGAAAAACAAAAUAUAUUAAAGCGUUGACAAGUACAAUCUGAGUGGAAAGAUUGAAACUAACUUGUAGAAGAGAGUCUGUCAGGUAACACAGUUUUCCGUUUGGGAGUCACAACUUAUGGGAGGUGGACCCCGGCAAUGGGCUAGGAACAGGCUUAGAACUCAGCCAUCUCUGAGUUCAUGGCCUGGCUGUUCUCUGUCGUGACAGCGGUUGUUGGUUGAGCACAUGCUAUGUUUCGAGUACUUUAUGUGAACUGCCCUAUUUAAUCUGGAUAGUGCUACCUUAGGUAGCAAUGAUAUUAUCAUGUAGGGACCAGGAAACCGAGGCUGGAAACAUCGGGUAACAUGUGAUGGCUCACAUCUGGGGGCUGGGGGGAGCUAGAAUUUCAGAACCAAGUAAUCUGAUUCUGGCUGGCUCUGCAUGUGAUUUGGGAGUUUGCUUCAGAGCCUCUCGAAGAGCGAAGAAACACACAGGUAGCACUUACUCUGUGGCCACACAUAGGACUCAUUUAAUUCUGAUAAGAACCUCGGCUGGUAGGUACUGCUAUCAUCCCCAUUUCACAGAUGGGCAGGCUGAGGCAGGGAGACUCUAACUCCCUCCGCUAGUGAAAGCAGUAGACAGGUGCCGUGUGAGCACCGGUCCCUCAGGCCUGUUGCUCCCCAGUUGUGAGCAGCCUCACCCAAGCCACUGCAGUGAGGCUCAGCGUGUGCACUGGGCCCAGCCUGGGUCCUUGUCCCCACUGCCAACCCAGGGGCCGCAGUCUCCCAACGGGAGCCAGCUUCACUGUUCCUGUGAAAUGCGCUAUACAAGAAAGUUCUGAGAGUUUGAAAAGGAUCUGCAUUGUUACAGAAAAUGCCAGUAUCACAUUUAUCAGUGAAAGAAAGAAACAAAAAAGACCGUUAGAGUCUAUAAUUUCUAUUGUUAGAAAUGUGGAAUGGUUGUUUAAAAAAAUCAAUAAAAAAAACUUUAUGCUCUA